AUGCCAGGCAAUGCUAACUCUUCUACGAGUGUCAAGGAUGAGCAGAUUGCGACUGGGUCUAAUGUCAAUAAAAAGAAAGCCCCCGAUCAUUCAUAUACUUUCCGUGAGAAGAAGCUGGGGGUCUGGACACUCUAUUAUCCCUGGACUUCAGAAUGGACGCCUACCCCUAUGAAGUUUGGGAUCCAAAAUAACCUAAAACAGAUCACGGCUAUUACCGCUGUCUGGUAUCGAUUCUUUACUGAGGUAUUCGCUCUUGGACCAGCUGUUAUGUGUUUAUAUUUUGUUUCGUUGGUUUCAAGCAGUAUUCUGCCCUCUGUUCAGUUGAGCAAUGAUACCAGUCUCUUAAACCUGGCCGAGGCGGCGCUCGUUGGUCGUAUCGAACGCACGGCGGUGAUCGUCGAGUUUAGGAAACUAGGCGUUAGAUAUAUUUCAACUUUAGUGAUGGUGUUGGCUACUUCGGCUCUAAAGGAGUACAGUGGGUCAAUUAUCGAGCAGAGGGUGACACUACAUUUCGAGCAACAAAUUCUGGCGAUCCAAAGUCGACUGGAACUUGGUGCUUCUCAAGACCCAAAUGUCAAAUCCCACCUUAAGACUGCCGAGGGAUAUAUUUCUCGGCCAUGGAUUACCCUUUCAGGCCUCGUGGAUAUGCUCCUGUCAAUCGGCGAAGUGCUAGCAUUGAGCACUACAUUUAAGGGGGAAUUUAUGUCCUCCGAAUCUGCUGGAAGUCUUGGUAUAUUUUCCGUUCUAUGUCCCCUUUUAUGGGGACUUCAUGGGUUGGUGAAUACAAAGGGAAACGUCGGAUUUGCCAAGGUGACCGACCCAAACUGGCGUCAAAUGCGGGCGAUGCGUUGGAUUGGGACGAAUGAAGUCUAUAAGCAGGAGGUACUCAGCUCGGGAUUGGUUGAGUAUAUAAAUAAUCAGUAUGCCCGGGCGCUGUCGAAGCUCGGCGAUACGUCUACCAAGGAUCCAUGGGCCGCGGAGCGUGCUGGGUGGUCUAGAUUAGACCGUUUGAAUCAGACUUUAGAUUCGUUGCCUUUACUAUUUUAUGCUUGGAGUAUAUCACAUAGUCCCUCGGGAUUCAGUUUGUCACAUAUGGUCAGGAUGCAACAAACUACCAGGGUCAUGCGCAUGGUAAUUGCGACCAUGAUAUCUCGACUAAAGAGCAUCUCUGCCUUGUCGAAUAAUCUAGUCAUACUGUACGAGCUACUCGCACUCGGACCUGGAAUAACGGACGGUUUUAUAUCUUAUCCGGAUGAAGCACACGCUCGACAAAAAGGAAUGGCCAUCGAGUUCAAAGACGUUAGUUUUGGGUACCCGUCCGCACUCAAAAAGACACUCAACAAGCUAUCAUUCAAAGUUGAGCCUGGUCAGUUGUGUGUGAUUGUAGGCGAAAACGGGUGCGGGAAGAGCACUACGAUAAGUUUAAUCAACCGACUCUAUGAUUGUGAAUCAGGCGAGAUUUAUAUCGAUGGACUUCCGAUCCGUGACUAUAAAAUAUCGACUCUUCGGGCGGCUACGAAUAUCAUGCAUCAAUCCUAUAGCUAUUUCCCGUUGACAAUUAGGGAAAACUUGACCAUGCAGGACACUGGAGACCCUACCACGCAAACAAAGAGGAUUGAAAAUGCGACGAAACUGGGAGGCGCAUACGAUUUUAUCCAGAAACUACCACUUAAAUUCGAAACCAAUUUUAUUCCCAUUCACAUUGGAAUAUCUUCACCUGGUACUAGGGCGGUUGACCGCGAGCAGUUCAAGUGCCUGAUGGAGACGGAAAAGCAUUCAAAUCUCAGUGGUGGGCAAUGGCAGCGCUUGGAACUUUCGCGAAGUUUUAUGAAGAAUUCAGAGCGUACGAGGCUUUUGUGUUAUGAUGAACCUAGCGCUAGCUUGGAUCCCAAAGCAGAAGCCGCCAUGUUUGAGAGGCUGCGGAGCCUACGAGGAGAAAAGACUAUGAUAUUCGUUACUCAUCGUUUUGGCCAUCUAACCAAACAUGCCGACCUAAGGGAUGGCUCGACGAUCGAACAAGGAACACAUAAAACGCUACUAACUCAAAAGGGGGAAUAUGCAAAGAUGUAUGAGAUCCAGUCGAGGGCUUUUGUGGAAGUCUAA